AGACCCUGCCCUUUCCUUUCUGUCGCCCGGUCUGUGGAUUUUGUUGUAGGUUCUGGGACUGCUGACAAUGGGAAGCCUUCUCCACGGCCUGCAAUGCUGACACCCCUCUCCCUCCUGCUGCGUAUUAUUGUUAAGUGGUCCCUGAUCACCCUUUGAAUGUCUGUAACCAUGGCCAAGCGUGAGACCGGCAGCACCAGCCCUGUGGUCCGGCAGAUAGACAAGCAGUUCCUGGUCUGCAGCAUCUGUUUGGACCAUUAUCACAACCCAAAGGUCCUGCCCUGCCUGCACACCUUCUGUGAGAAAUGUCUACAGAACUACAUCCCUCCCCAGUCUUUGACGCUGUCCUGUCCAGUGUGCAGACAGACCUCUAUCUUGCCAGAGAAGGGUGUGGCAGCCCUGCAGAACAACUUCUUCAUCACAAACCUAAUGGAAGUGUUACAACGAGACCCAGAGUGCAGCCGACCUGAGGCCUGUAAUGUCCUUGAGUCGGCCAGUGCAGCUACAGCCUGUCAGCCCCUCUCCUGCCCCAACCACGAGGGCAAGGUGAUGGAGUUUUACUGCGAGUCAUGUGAAACAGCCAUGUGUCUGGAGUGCACAGAAGGGGAACAUCGGGAACAUGUGACAGUUCCUCUGAGGGAUGUGCUGGAACAGCAUAAGUCAGCGCUAAAGAAUCAGCUGGACGCUGUGCGCAACAGACUACCUCAGCUGACGGCUGCCAUUGACCUUGUAAGUGUGAUCUCCAAGCAGCUUACUGAGCGGAAAAAUGAGGCAGUGACUGAAAUCAGUAACACUUUUGACGAGCUGGAGAAGGCCUUACACCAACGCAAGACUGCCCUCAUUACAGAGGUGGAAAACAUCUGCAGCACCAAGCAGAAGGUGCUUCAAGCCCAGCUGACCUCUUUGCUUCAGGGCAAAGAGAACAUCCAGAGCAGCUGCAACUUCACAGAGCAGGCCCUGAGCCAUGGCAGCGCCACGGAGGUCCUGCUGGUCCAGAAGCAGAUGGGUGAGCGGGUCAGUGCCCUGGCGAGACACACCUUUCCUGAGCAUCCUCACGAGAAUGGACAUCUGGAGUGCCAGGUAGAGACGGAUGGACUGAGGCGCUCCAUUCAGAACCUGGGAGUCCUGAUCACCACGGGGACUGUAGGCCACACGAGUGUCGCCACCGGGGAAGGCCUGCGACAUGCACUGGUCGGCCAGCACACUUCUGUCACAGUCACCACUAAAGACAAGGAUGCGGAACUAGUGAAGACUGGUAAUGCCGCUCUGAGGGCGGAGAUCAUCUCUGCAGAUGGAGCGUGCACUGAAGCGGAGGUGACGGACAACAAGAACGGCACCUACGAGGUUGGAUACACCAUCCGCUCAGAGGGAGAGUUCACCUUCUCUUUGCUGCUGUACGAACAGCCUGUGAGGGGGAGUCCGUACCGUCUGCGUGCCGUCAAGCCGUCCGAUGUCCUGCAGUCACCGGACGAUGUGAAGAGAAGAGUGAAGUCCCCGAGCGGGGGAGGGGGUCAUGUUCGACAGAAGGCUGUGCGCAGACCCUCCAGCAUGUACAGCACCACCAAGAAGAAGGAAAACCCAAUAGAGGAUGAGCUGAUCUACAGAGUGGGAACAAGAGGGCGAGAUAAAGGAGAAUUUACCAACCUACAAGGCAUCUCUACCGCCAGCAAUGGACGGAUUGUGGUGGCAGACAGCAACAACCAGUGUAUACAGGUAUUCUCAAAUGAUGGCCAGUUCAAGAUGAGGUUUGGGGUCAGAGGUCGUUCCCCGGGGCAGCUGCAGCGCCCCACAGGGGUCACAGUGGACGUGAACGGUGACAUCAUUGUGGCUGAUUACGACAACAGAUGGAUUAGCAUCUUCUCCUCAGAUGGAAAGUUCAAGAGCAAAAUCGGGGCUGGGAGAUUGAUGGGACCGAAGGGCGUGGCUGUGGAUAAGAACGGACAUAUCAUCACCGUUGAUAAUAAGGCCUGCUGUGUCUUCAUAUUUCAAUCAAAUGGGAAGCUGGUGACAAAGUUCGGAGCCAGAGGAACAUCAGACCGACACUUUGCAGAAAAAAGUGGUGCAAACAUUGCACUGGAACAAAAGCUUAGUAAAUCUGGCCCUGUUUUCAGUCCUCACUUUGUGGCUGUGAAUAACAAAAAUGAAAUUGUGGUAACAGACUUUCACAACCAUUCAGUCAAGGUUUACAAUGCAGAUGGGGAGUUCCUGUUUAAAUUUGGCUCCCAUGGGGAGGGGAAUGGCCAGUUUAAUGCUCCAACGGGCGUGGCUGUGGAUGCCAAUGGAAAUAUCAUCGUGGCUGAUUGGGGCAACAGUCGGAUCCAGGUGUUUGACAGCUCAGGGUCCUUCCUGUCCUACAUCAACACGACAGCGGACCCUCUUUAUGGCCCCCAGGGCUUGUCCCUCACCUCUGAUGGUCAUGUGGCAGUGGCAGACUCUGGGAACCACUGCUUCAAGGUCUACCGCUACCUACAGUAGAAACCUGACACCGCCAUCUUCACCACGGCAAGCACUGACAACGACACAACCAAUGUAUUCCACAGGGUGCAAUGACCUUUCCAAUGCACCCUUUUGAUGUGCACAUCAGCUGUUCUCCUGGAUAUAAUUAAGUGUCUGAGUUUACCCUCCUUUUGAUGUGUAUUGAAGGUUGUUUUUAAAGUUGGAUAAUGUAGCAUCCUUGGGACAAGUAAUGGACAUAAAGCUAUAAACAGUUUUAGAGAACUUUCAAAAGCUUUUUUUUGUCUUGUACGCUGUUGAUGGUAUUAUUACACAACACUUUAUUUGAGACCGGGCAGGGUAGGAUAUAGAGUGAAGUAUUAAAUGAGCCAUAACUUGUUCAAUUGCAUGACCUUUUAUUUUAUCUUAAUGCCUAGGCAACAACACAGUGUACACAUCGGUUGCUUUUCUCAUAAACUAGUUAAUGCUUACAGUAAAAUUAAAACAGCGCUACGCUUCUCCAGUAAUGAAAUAUAUAAAAUGUUUCAUUUACUGACGACUCACAUAAAGAUAUCACCACCAUCCGUGCAUUGAUUUGCUGUAUGUAAUGUAUAUACAUAAAUGUAUAUUGUGUAUAUUAGAUCACUACGUAUGUAUGUGCUAUGAUUUUGAAAUACGCAGCCUUUUGGUUAUACAGAGAACAGCAGUCAAGGAUUCUAAACGUGUUUAUGGCAGCUGUUAAAAAAGUGUGCUUUCUAAACAUACCCAGCACAUGCUUAAAUGAAGUGUCAUAUUUAUUGCUAAUGUAAGCAGCACAAUAUUUGUUUUUGUUAAUAUCUAUUGUUUUAAAAGGGGAAAAAAAACAAAAUGGGGAAAAAAAAAGGCUAUUUAUUUUAUACACUAGCUCAGCAUUUAAAAAUUAUUUUUCUAUAUUGAUGUGAUUUUUUUUCUUCUUUAGAGCUUCACACUUUCCGUAAAAAGGACAUUUCAUCUUAAAUCAGGAGUCAGUAUCUCCACAUAUUUGGAACAUUUUGACACGAUUUUCUCUUUUCAAAACUACGAACCCAUCUUUGUUUUCGUUUUGUUCAAGGAUUUCUAAGUUUCCCUGACUUAAAUAUGGGCUAAUAGAUAGAUAUUGUUUUGCCUUUUAUUUAUUAAAGUCCUAACUGUUACAAACCAGAAAUGAAACACAUAUCUCAGGAAAUCCAUCCGAAUUAGAUUAGCAUGCCAAUGGAAAAACGUCAAUACUAUAAUUUAUUUCUUUAUUGUUGAUCAGCUUUAAAGAGAGACAUUGGCAGCUUUGAGAUAAAACUGUUAUUCUGUGCACAUAUACUUUGGAUCCAAGACCACAACAAUGAAUGGGAUGGAAUAUGAACACCGUUUCACAGUGGGCUUUCACAUAGGAACCAGUUACAACUAUCUAUGAAUGAUAGUUUAUUAGAUGGCAUUUGCCAGCAAACUCAUCCACGCUUUAGAAAACACUCACCUAUUAUACUGCUAUCUAAGAAAACGCUUUUAGAUCUGAGUUUCUGCCUGCACUGCAUCAAGCCAUGAUUUUCAAGUAGAAACCUGUACCAGUAGAGCUGUUGGUGCUCUUGCUCUGCCUAGUGUUCAUUCUGUGUAAUGUCAUGAGAAAAUCUGGUGCCACAGCAGAAUAGUGACCAUGGUGCAGGAAAAAGGCAACUUCCUGGUCUGAAAUAAUUACCCACAGCACUGUGCUAAACACUCACACACCAACAUUCACAAUCCCAAGUGUCGAGACUUUCAGACCUACAGGAUGUGACCUGAUUUCACCUGUUGAGACAACCAGGAAGCUGCUGUUUUCCGUGCACCUGAUCUGUUGUUUGACUUGUUGCCAAGCAGAAGCCCAGACAUCUUUCAAGAGUCGAAGGCUCCACCUUUUCAGAUGUUUCUGAAGCAUUUUACCCUAUGCUGUGUCACACCAAUACAAACUGUUGUGUUUUCUUUAUGAAUAUGCACUGGUAAUAAAAGCACAUGGUUUACUGA